AUGCACACUGCACAAGCCAGCGAUCGUCUUGCAAUGAGUGAGAAAUGUCGGCAGCUGUAUGUUAGCAAUCGACUUGCACCAUCUGUUUUCCCAUCCUGGCUUAUCAGUCAGUACUCUGGCCGACUUACCGCUGCUCCACAAAGUGUUCAACUCCUUACUGAUUCCGGAAAAGUCUUCGAUUCUGUUCUGAUUCCUGGAACCAAUGAGAUCUACCUGGUCUAUGAUAGUUCGUAUGCUGAUGGAUAUCGAAGUACGCUACUCAUCGAGUUGCUGCCAAGUAAAGUACCACAGUCGCUUCGCUUGGUGCAUCUGUCAGUCAACGUUGCGGGCAAUCAUUUUCGUACGGUCCUUUCGGCGAUGCCCAAUCUGACGUAUACAUACGCCUGGGAGCAGACUAAUGUCUAUAUUCAGAGGGUCAGUGGACUAGUCAAUGCUAAAAGUAAGUAG